CAAACGCGUGAAGAGUAAAUAUCGGGGAGCGUUGUCACAUGACUUUCCCCUCCUUCCCACACGAAUCCUUUCUUCCUCUUCUUCCUUCCCCCCACAUCUCCCUCCUUCUUCACUCUCCCCAUCGCCAGCGCGCCCAUUCCCAUCACCUCUUCAAACCCCGAAACCCCGAGGCGCGCUUUUCUCUCUCUACAACACACAAUAUGGCGGAACGCUACAUUCCAGAGCAUCGCCGGACGCAGUUCAAGGCCAAGAACCAGUUCCGCCCCGAUGAGCUCCGUCGCCGCCGUGAGGAACAGCAGAUCGAGAUCCGCAAGCAGAAGCGCGAGGAGGGACUGGCUAAGCGACGUGGUAUUGUGACUCGCGAUGGAGGAAUUGGUGUUGGCGGUAGCUUGGCUGGCGCCACCGAGAGUGAUGAUGAGGCCAGUGCUAUCGAGAGCGAGCUGAACGUCGAGCUCCCUCUGAUGGUGAAGGGUGUCUUCUCCGAUUCCGUCGAAGAUCAGAUCAGCUCCACCACUCGUUUCCGCAAGCUGCUCUCCAAGGAGCGCAACCCUCCUAUCGAGCGUGUUAUUGAGACCGGUGUCGUCAGCCGAUUCGUCGAGUUCCUCCGCUCCCCUCACACUCUUGUGCAAUUCGAAGCUGCCUGGGCCCUCACAAACAUUGCUAGCGGCAGUGCUACCCAGACUCAAGUCGUUAUCUCCGCGGGUGCCGUGCCCAUCUUCGUCGAGCUCCUCAGCAGCCCCGAGCCCGAUGUCCGCGAGCAGGCCGUUUGGGCCCUCGGAAACAUUGCUGGUGACAGCCCUCACUGCCGUGAUUUCGUUCUGGGUGCCGGUGCCUUGCGCCCUCUCCUGAACCUCAUCAACGACGGCCGUAAGCUGAGCAUGCUCCGCAACGCCACCUGGACCCUUAGCAACUUCUGCCGUGGCAAAACCCCUCAGCCCGACUGGAACACUAUUGCCCCUGCUCUACCCGUCCUCGCCAAGCUUAUCUACAUGCUGGAUGAUGAGGUGCUGAUCGAUGCUUGCUGGGCCAUUUCUUACCUCUCCGAUGGUAGCAACGAUAAGAUUCAAGCCGUCAUUGAGGCGGGUAUUCCUCGUCGCCUGGUGGAGCUGCUCAUGCACGCCUCUACCUCCGUUCAGACUCCCGCUCUUCGCUCUGUUGGCAACAUCGUUACCGGUGAUGACGUUCAGACCCAGGUCAUCAUCAACUGUGGUUCCCUCCCCGCUCUGCUCUCCCUGUUGAGCUCUACCAAAGACGGCAUUCGCAAGGAGGCUUGCUGGACCAUUUCCAACAUCACGGCCGGAAACUCAAGUCAGAUCCAGGCUGUCAUCGAUGCUGGCAUCAUUGCCCCUCUUAUCAACCUUCUGGCCAACGGUGAUUUCAAGACCCGCAAGGAGGCUUGCUGGGCCAUCUCCAACGCCACCUCUGGUGGUCUCCAGAAGCCUGAUCAGAUUCGCUACCUUGUUUCCCAAGGAUGCAUCAAGCCCCUUUGCGAUCUGCUUGCUUGCCCCGACAACAAGAUUAUUCAGGUUGCUCUGGAUGGCCUUGAGAACAUUCUGAAGGUUGGUGAGAUGGACAAGGAGGCUGGCCAGGGUGAUGCCCGUGUCAACCGCUACGCUCUCUUCAUCGAGGAGGCUGGUGGUAUGGAGAAGAUCCACGACUGCCAGAACAACGCCAACGAGGAGAUCUACAUGAAGGCCUACAACAUCAUCGAGAAGUACUUCUCCGAUGAGGAUGAGGCCGCCGGUGAGAUCGACGAGCUGGCUCCCCAGCAGACCCAGGCCGGUUUCACUCUCGGCACUGGCCAGCAGCAGCCCGCCGGCGGAUUCAACUUCGCCAGCGGUGCUGACUCCAUGGACAUGUAAAUGGGAUCUAUUUCUCCCCGUACUUCCAUGCCUCGUCAUGCUUGCUCCAUUCACCCCCUGAUUCUACCUUUCGUUUCGUUCGGGUUGUCUAGGCUUCGUGCUGCAUAAUCUCGUUAGUCCGGCUCACUGGGCCGCAGAGACUUUUGCUAAAACACCCCUUUGCCCGUCUCGGUUCCUUUCCAGUUCUGCCCUACUCCAUGCUCUCAUGGUUUUAUAGCAGUAACUGGGUCUUUGUCUCUAUGCCCUCCAUUCUCCUGUUGCCUCAGACCUCUUCCACGAUCUUCCCAUCCCUCAUCUCCGUUUCUCUUGCCCCCAUUUUGAUUCACGAUAAAGAUUCACCGUCAUGUAAACCCACCCCCUAUUUUAGCAUCCUCAUACACAGGCGUAUUUUGUUUGCAGGAUCGGUUAUUUCCCUUUUAUGUUAAUGUCACUUCUUUACUUGAAUUCCUGGUGUUCCCUCCCUAGGUCAUGGUUUCCCCUUGCUGGCACCACGGGUCAUAUUGGCGGAUUCUUCUUCGGUAGAUGCUGUUAGUUGCAGUGAUUUCCCGGAGUUUGACAUCUUUGCCGAUGAUGCCGUUGAACUACGUGUUCUGUAGAAUCUUUCUUUUCACAGGCUACCUGAAAAAUCUCGCGUCUUGCGCUGUCUUGUUUCAUUCUUGUCAAG